AUGGCCUCGACAAUAAAGUACCAGCCAGCAAUAGCAUCCAUGAGCCUCGGACGCGCCUGGGUACAUGACUUCGAGAAGAAACUCAAAGCGGCGUCCACAUCUGGUUUCAAAGGCAUCGAGAUCUUCUACGAGGACCUAGAAUACCUCGUGAAGGACUUGCCCCCUUCUACCGAUCAGUCAGGACCACCUACUCGAUCCCAGCUGAUGGCAGCUGCAACGAAAGCCAGAAGAAUCUGCGACGGAAACAGUCUGACCAUCAUCGGACUGCAGCCAUUCUUGUUCUACGAAGGACUGAAAGAUCGCCAACAGCACGACCGCCUGAUUGAAAAGCUGCACGUCUGGUUCGAUAUCGUGGACAUCUUAGGCACGGAUAUCAUCCAGAUCCCAAGCAACUUCUUGCCCAAAGAUCAACUCACAGGAGAUAUGGCCACGAUAGUAGCGGAUAUGGUAGAAGUCGCCGACUUGGGCUCGAAACGCACACGACCAAUCCGAUUCGCGUACGAAAACCUCUGUUGGGGGACAUCUGUCGACACUUGGGAGGCAGCUUGGGAUAUCGUGCAAAAAGUUGACCGUCCAAACUUUGGUAUGUGUUUGGACACAUUCAACAUCGCUGGCCGCGUUUGGGCAGAUCCUGCUUCCCCCACCGGUAUGGUGGAAGCUGCAGAAGCAGCUUUGACUGCAUCGCUUGAUAGACUUGUGAAGACGAUUGAUGUCAACAAGGUCUUCUACAUCCAAGUCGUGGAUGCCGAACGCAUUGACCCACCUCUGGACGACAAACACCCCUAUCACGUAGACGGCCAGCCGAGUCGCAUGUCUUGGUCACGCAAUGCUCGUUGCUUCAUCUACGAAACCGAGAGAAACGCCUAUUUACCUGUAGAGAGAGUUGCCAGAGCGAUCAUCGAGGGUCUGGGGUAUCAAGGUUAUGUGUCCAUGGAGCUAUUCUCGAGGACACUCUCAGAGUCAGAGCAGAGCAUUCCUGAGAGCCAUGCUCAGCGUGGAAUUGAGGCAUGGAAGAAGUUUGAGCAAGCGCUGAAUCUGAAUCAGGACUGA